AUGUUCCGGCGCGGGUGUCGCCCCUCGGGCUCCGGGCCGGAUGACUGCGUAUUGGAUGCCCCCGGCGGUCUGCCGUCUGUGGCCCGGCCCACCGCCGGGGGGGGUCCGGCCGGCGGGUGGCUGGCCGGAGCCGCGGUGCGCGCCCCAGGCACCCAGGCUCCCCUGGAGCCAGGAGACUAG